AUGCAGUCGCGGGCUCAGUUCAUGGACUUGCCUUCCGAGGUCAGGAUUAUAAUUUGGAAGUAUGCUUUACGGCCACUAGCCUAUAAUUUCCCGGCGGUGCACUUCUUUUCCCUGGUCAACAAUAGAGAGGAUGGCAACGGGGCGGCAAACAUUAGCACUCUAUGCGAAGGUGCUAGCAACCAACAUUGUUCCGGCUAUCACCUUGCAGCACCCAAGUUGAAUUCUGACGAUGGCAGCCAUUCCUGGACAAAAAACAACCCAUCCGCGUAUCUCUGGGAUUUCGGUUUGUGGGGGGCAUGCAAAGAGUCCAGACAAGUUAUCGAGGCACAUUACGAGCAGGUUGACUGGACUGGGUAUUGGAGACGCUGCUAUCACAGAGCUCCCACCUAUAGCCAAACCUCCGUUUCGCUCAUUGCGCCAGGAAAUAACGAGAAGUUGCGCUUCCUUCUUCAUCCAAAGCGAGACCUGGUGUGUCUUCAGGCAUUCGAUCCAAGCACUAUCCGCUGGUGGGACAAUCAUGAUACAAAGGACAUUUGCGUGGCUAGUAAUGCUCCGGCCAGUUUUUAUGCCCCCAAAAUAUUCAACUUUGGCAAUAUUGCGAUAGCCUAUGACCCAUGUUGGAAUGAUAUCGGUGCGAAAAUCGAGAGUGGCAACUUUUGUCAACUUCUUACAGAGCAAAGCGCUCGAGGCUUCUUUAUACGCACCCUCGCCAUCGUCGACGACUAUGCUCGCUGCUAUGGAGGUAAUCGCGGCCCAAACUUUUGGCUCAUCGAUAACAACCUACAGCGAGUCCACCCAUUCAAGAAGAACAGAAGGCACAAAAAUAUAUUCUACGGCAAUGGUCAGAAUUUUGUCGAGGUUCAAAAGUCGACUAGACGCAGCUUGUCGUCUGGUAAACACAGUUCGGCGCUCGACUUUCUGGAUACUCUUGCCAUGCUACUUAAUGGCGACAGACCUAGCCACUAUAUUCAUCACAAAAGUGGCGCGGAGAAGUGUUAUAUGUGCGAGGGUUCAAAUCGAUAUCUCACAUAUUACCAGAUCCGUCGUCAAGUUCGUGUUUUGAUGCGCAAGGAGAGCACAUGA